AUGAGGACGACUGGCCAUGUCAUGGACAUCGAGCAAGAGGCGUUUGACUUGUGUCAAUGGGCUGACCUGCUGGUUCUGGCUCCCAUCGACGCCAACAACCUAGCCAAGAUGCUGCAUGGCGACACGGAUAACCUGGUACUCGAAAUCUUGCGAAGCUGGAAUGUGUCCAAGAAAAUCGUCAUGGUGCCUGGCAUGUCGAGUCUGAUGUGGGAGAAUCCCAUGACAAAAAAGCAGCUCACAAAGAUAAAGAGGAAGUGGAAUUGGAUACAAGUUCUACAGCCCUUGUUGUGGACGUUUGAGAAUGACCACAAGAAGGUAACGUGUUGGGAUGCCCUGGACGAAGUUGUCGAUACGGCGCGCAACCAAGUCGACUUGAUGAAUAUUGGUCACGGUGUCCAUGUCACACCUAAUGCUUCAUCGACCUUCAAAAGGAGUUCCAAGAAGUCACGUACUGUCUUGCCGCCAGAGUUGUGGUCUCUGAUCAUCGAUGCUACGAACGACUGGGAGUUGGCCAAAACACUACAUAUCUACACCAAUCUUGAGCCGCCUGCUGAGUGGCAACAACAUGCCAGUGCUAGGGGACCAACAACAUAUAUGGAGCAACUCGAAUGGACGCUGUUGACAGGCAAUCUAUCCGACAUCAAGAAAUUCAUCGCCGACAAUUCUGUUCCACGCUGGCUAUCUCGCCUCUGUAUCAAAGUCAUCAUGCGUUUUAGCAUGACCUCUGUCCUUUCCUAUCUCGAAUCCAAUCAUAAGGACCUCUUCUGGGCCACUUUCGACGGCACUUUCCUCCCUGACAAGGCUUCUUCCGUCUUUGGUCGUGUUGAAGUUCUUGAAUAUUGGAACACUUCGGCCUGGUUCCUGAACAAGAAAUACACAGCCGAGACUUUAGAUGGCGCAUCACGACAAGGCUUCAUGGACGUCCUAGACUGGUGGCAAAAGUCUGGUCUUACCCUUGUCUUUACUGAAGCUGCCCUUGAACAAGCUAGUUCAGCUGGUCACAUCGCCGUCCUGGAAUGGUGGCGAGAAAUUUCUCAGCGCCACCACCAUGCCACAAGUCCUGACGAUGAUACUAAGCCAAUUCGUCUAAAGCCUGGCAAGUCAAUCUGCUAUGCUUCGCAGUCAGGAAACGCAGACGUGGUGCGCUGGUGGGUAAAUUCUGGUAUACCCUUUCCACACGAAGACGCUGUCGCCAAACUGGCGAGCACACACGGGCAUGUCGAGGUAUUGAAGGUCUGGCAUGCCGUCAAAGGCUCUAAAAUGAUCUUUGACAACCAGGUACUGGUCGGCGCCACCAAAAUGGGACAUGUCAAUGUUCUUGAAUGGUGGAAGCAGAGUGGCCUUCGGGUCGAGUACAAAACCUGCGACAUCGAAGAGGCGCUUGAAGACGGCGUUGAAGGCAGGAAAGGUAUGGAGAUCAGACGAUGGUGGGCACGUAACGGUCUGAACCUCGGUGUCGGCACUUCUGAGUGGAUGAAGCCAAAAGUGCUUUGA